GCGGUAUUUGUAUUUAUGUACUAAUGUGGUAUUUUCUCUGCAGUCCAACAAAGUACUUUGGAGAGGACGUGUCAGCCGAAAAGCUGAAGAUGUACAACCCCGACUUCGUCCGUUACCUCAGAAACAGAUUCCUUCGUUCAAACGCUCUGAAAACCAAAUAUAAGAACAUUUACCGUCCGUCGACGGGAGCCGUGAUGCUGCUGGCCGCCCUGCACGCCUGCGACCAGGUGAGUGCGUACGGCUUCAUGACUCCGGACUAUAAGAACUACUCUGACCACUACUACGACAGCAGCUACCACCCGGUGGGCUUCUUCAUCAACCACGACCUGCGACUGGAGAUGACUCUGUGGCAGCAGCUGCACCAGGCCGGCCUCAUACGGCUCUACAUGCACAACUGAAUUCAGGUCGACCAGAAAUCUUGUCAUCCCGUCUGCACGGCACAGGUCACCGGCGGGGUCGGCGGUCGACGGUGGGGCAGGAGGUCCAAAAAUGGACGACUUUGUCUCAGAGUCUUUCUGAGACAAAAUCUUUCAGAGUCUUUCAGAGUCUUUGUGUAUAGAAGCCAAUGAGAGACGUACGAAUCUAAAUUUUGACAUCCACUAAAUACAUAAUAUUAAAAACUAAACUGAAUUCAUAACAUUGAAAUAUUUUACUUUUAAAACCAUGUAACAGAAUUUAUUUGUUCUGAAUUCAUCUAAUCGACUCUAAAACAUGAGAUUUCUGGAUCUGCAAAUUCAAAACUUGAAUUCGAUCAUUUAUGUUCAUGAUAAGGGACAUAAUCGCUCGGAUGAGCCAUUUGAGAAUUCUAAAUUAAAUAAAAUUUGGCUGAUUAAAAGUUUAAAAAAAUUGCAACAGCUAUUCAAAUACCAAUAGUUAUGUGAUUUAUUUUUGAUUUAAAUGUAAUUUUUAUUUGGAUUUGACCAAUGUAAAGUGAGCAACGUAGAUCUAUAUUUUGAAACUGUUUUCGGAUCUGAAAAUGACCAAUUUAAUUUGACUUAAAUUUUCAAGUCGAAGUUUUAGAAUUAAGGUCUUUUUGAGUGAAAGUAUCAUUUUUUUUGGAUUAGUGACAUCAAUUUAAAAAAAAUUCUAAUAGCUGUGAACAUGAAAAAUAUUUUCAAAUUCAGCUUUUGAAAUUGCAAAUCAGGAAAUUUAAAAUUAUUUUAAUUUCAAGGAAAUGUUGAAUUUGGAGCAAAUAAAUUCACAUACGUGGUUUUCACAUACGUGGUAAAUUUCACUGCUAAGUGUUCAGAGGAUGUUAUAAUUUAAAUACUUUCGUCACACGUUUGCUUCCAUAUUCAUGACUCUGAAGUGAGCAAAACAAAAAAGUGGCUGGAGUUUUCUUUUUAUGAAGGAAACUUUUUUUUAUGACAGCUGCUG